CUCUGCACAUUCAUCCAGCCCAGCGGAGGACACAGACCGGCUCCGGCUUCUUCUCGGGGUUUUCCUCCUCUUCCAUGGAAUUGAAAGAACAUCCAGACCCCCCUAGCGGGACGAAAGAGCCCAAAGUGGAGUUUACAUGAAGUCCGGACCCCGGUUUGUAUUUCUUAGCUGGGUUUCCCGUGUGAAAGGACCUGUGACCCGGGGCUCUACCUGAGGAGGAACGAUGAGAAGUUUUCUCUUCUUCACCUUGUGUUUCUCGACCUGUCCGCUCACGGUUGACGGACGGCAUCCAACCUGCAACUUCCUGUUGGAGGUGGAGCGAGACCAGGCGGAGUGUCUGAGGCGGCUGAGGGAGGAGGACGCUGCCGGCAACUAUAAAGAUGGGGGAAAAAAAGGAUCUUGGGGAAAACAUAGCAUGUGGAAGCAAACCGCGAUCGGAGAGACCGUCACCCUCCCCUGUUCCCCAGUCCUCGGACGGGUUCGGCGAAAUGGUAACAUCAGCAGGAACUGCACGUCGGCGGGAUGGUCGGACGUGUUCCCAAACAUCACCAGCGUGUGUGGGUCGGACACCAGCCAGGACAAGCUGGUCUUCUACGUGGUCGUGCAGACGCUGUACACUCUGGGUCACAGUCUGUCUUUGAUCGCCCUCACCACAGGGAGCGCCAUCCUCUGUCUGUUCCGGAAGCUCCACUGCACCAGGAACUACAUCCACCUCAACCUCUUCUUCUCCUUCAUCCUGAGAGCCGUGGCCGUGCUGGUGAAAGACGACGUUCUCUUCAACCGGACCUCGCAGUGCUCCAACCAGCCGUCAGUGGUGGGGUGUAAGGCCAGCCUGGUGUUUUUCCAGUACUUCAUCAUGGCCAACUUCUUCUGGCUGCUGGUGGAGGGCCUGUACCUCCACACGCUGCUGGUCGUCAUCUUCUCCGAGAACAGACACUUUAUCGUCUACAUGUUCAUCGGCUGGGGCAUCCCCACGGUAUUCGUCUCUGCGUGGGUGAUGACCAGGAUUUAUCUGGAGGACACGGGAUGCUGGGAGAGAAAUGACAACCCCACACCCAACUGGGUGAUCAACGGACCAAUCGUAUUCUCCAUCAUGGUGAACUUUAUCCUCUUCAUCAGCAUCAUUCGCAUCUUGAUUCAGAAGCUGAGGUGUCCUGAUGUGGGUGGCAACGACCAAUCACAAUACAGGAGGUUGGCCAAGUCCACUCUCCUGCUGAUCCCCCUGUUUGGGAUCCACUACGUGGUCUUCGUUUCUCUCAGUGAAUCCAUCGCAGAGGAUUAUAAGAUAUUCUUUGACCUGGCCCUCGGAUCCUUUCAGGGUCUGGUGGUGGCCAUUCUCUACUGUUUUCUAAACAGUGAGGUUCAAGGCGAGCUGAAGAGAAAGUGGCGGAGCGUGUGUCUGAACUGUCGUCUGAGCAGAGAUCACCACUUCCACAGCACCUUUGCCUCCAGGAACUGUUCAGAGCACAUGGGACAGUUUCACCGCGACUCCCGGACCCAGUCCAUCCUGCAGUCCGAGACCACCGUGCUCUGAGGACCUGAGGGAUCCU